CACGACAACUAUCAACGGAACACUCCACAUAGUACCAGAUGGCAUCUCCAUCGUCGGAGCACGCAAACUCGCCAAUGGGGGUGUAAUUUACACCCUCAACUCAGACGAGGCGGCAGCCUGGCUGCGAGAACCUGCAGCCUUAGAAAACAUGGCAAAAGCAGCGGGCGAAGGAACUAACAUCAGCCUGCAGCUGAACAGCGUAAUUGUCCCAUUUGCGCCCACGACAAUCGACAUCGAGAAUGAGGACACAUGGCGCAACAUCGAGACCAGCAGCGAACUCGAUACAGGGACAAUACGCAGCAUACGAUUCCUCAAACCGGCAGAACACCACCAACAAGGCCAACGAGAGGCGCACCUGGUAGUAGGCUUUGACUCACGGGAACAAGCAAAUAAAGCGAUACGAGAAGGUAUAAUCAUUGAGGGUAAAGAGCUCCAGGCAAAGAAGGAGUUGCCGGAUGCAUCCAGGUGCGUCAAAUGUUCAAUAUUACCUCGUGACCACGAUGCAAAGACAUGCCCAAAUACUACGAAAUGUGGACGAUGUGCAGGUGGUCAUGCGACGAGAGACUGUACAGUCACGGAUCGCAAAAAAUUCCAUUGCGUGAACUGUAAAGUCACAGGCCAUGGAGCCGUUGACCGUAACUCUUGUCCCUCCUUUCUUAGAGCUACAGAUGUUAUACGCAGCCGCCAUCCCGAGUCAAAAUAUAAAUAUUUCGUUACUGAGGACCCUGCUACGUGG